UGGGAGAACAGGUGAGGAGGAGGAAGAGGGUGGAGGACAGGUGGGGCAGGGUGGGGCUCCAUCUAUAAAGCGAGAACGCCUGCUGGCUAGUGGGCAGGAGAGCUUGCCACAUACUCCAGAGGCACCAGGAGCCCCGUAGGCUUUGGAUCAGGAGGAGGAGAACAAAUCUGCACCAUGAACUUGUGGCUCCUGGCCUGCCUAAUGACCUGCUUCAUAGGCACCUGGGCCCCUGCUGUCCAAGCUCAAGGUGUCUUUGAGGACUGCUGCCUGGCUUACCAUCCCUACAUCAAGCAGACUGUGCUCCGGCGGGCCCAUAGUUACCAUCACCAGGAUGUGAGUGGGAGCUGUAACCUACCCGCUGUGAUAUUCCACUUCCCUCGCAAGAUGGUAUGUGGGAACCCAAAGGCCAAGUGGGUACAAGAAGGGAUGAGGUUACUGAAUCAUCGGAAAAAGCAUCACCAAGGCACCUCGGGAAACUUCCAAGGCUCUCACACUAUUGGGAAGAAGCUGAGCUCUGGAACCUACAGGGUUCCCCACUCCUUGUUUAGAGGUGGCAUCGGAAGCAGCAAGAGGAAUGCCUCCCUCCCAACAAUAGCUAAUCCAGCCCCACAGGUUCACAUGAGAGCGUCCUAGGUGUCCACAACUGACCCAGCCCAGGAAACUUCAGCUCCACUCCACUCUGUCACCUACCGUCCUCUCCAGUCCUCUCCAAUCUCUCCUGCAGGACUGUGAGACCACAUCUCCAGGAUCAAUCAACUCAAGAUGGGCUGGAGUUUCUCCACCGUGACUGUUGCCUUGCAGCCCCCCAAUUGCUCUAUCCUUCAAGCCAACUCUCCAAGCCUGUACCCAAGUCUGCAUUGGUCUCUCACCCCGCCACCUCCUGCUCCUUAGGCAGCUGUAAGGAGGGAGCCCUUUGUUUUCUUUGAGAACCAGAGCCUGCCCUGGCCAAUGGUUCUGAUGGACAAUCAUCAAGGAUCACCACCCAUUUGCAGUCUUUUGUCAUCUACUCUGGGGCCACACCUGCCUAUGUCCCUCUGGGCCCUUGCAAAGCUCUAGUCCAUCCACGGACACCCCUCUUGAGCUGUGCUUUUAAAAAUAAAACUUUGGUGGGACAUCA